AUGGCAGCGCCCAACUCAGCCACACUAGAAAGCAACCAGUUUAUCGUCGCUGACGAGGAAUAUGACGAGGACUCCAUACCUGGGUACACGCUUCCCCAGCCUUCACCCAACGGCGCAGGACCAACGACGCCCGGCACCGCAGGAGCAGGGAAGGGCAAGGGCCGUGCACCGGAGCAGCUGGCACCGCCAAGUAACGUUAAUGAACUGUCGGGGAGGAUUGGAACGCCUUCGGGGAGCGGGUCGAGGAGUCCCAACACCAAUAAGUCACAGACGAUUGCGGGCGUGAGGCUGGAGACGAGGUACACGGGUGUGGACUCCCUAGACGAGCCGGUGACGACGACGCUGGCACGCGACUUGCUCUCCAUCUACUCAAAAGUGGUCCAAGUGUUGUGGCCUCGGCGAAAGGGCCAAGCACGCGAAGUGUUGAGGGACUGGGACCUCUGGGGCCCCUUCAUCUUCUGCCUGAGCCUAGCGAUCAUGCUCAGCAUCAACGCCCCACCCACCCAAUCCCUAGGUGUCUUCACAGGCGUAGUCGUCAUCGUCUCCGUAGGCUCCGUGAUCAUCACCUUCAACGCGAAGCUCCUCGGCGGGCGAGUCUCCUUCUUCCAGAGCCUGUGUGCAUUGGGCUACUGUAUUUUCCCACUCGUGGUCGCCGCGCUCGUGGGCACGUUUGUGCAUAUCCUGUUGGUCAGGCUGCCUGUUACGCUUGUUGCGCUUGCUUGGUCCGUAUGGGCGUCUGUAAACUUCCUCGAUGGGACGCAUAUCGAAACCCAGCGGAUCCUCCUAGCUGUGUAUCCACAAUGUCUGUUCUACUUCGUACUCGCAUGGAUGAUCCUCAUCCAGUAGCUUACUUUGCGAAUGGAUAAUUGCAUGCUAAUUGGGGAUGAAC